AUGCAACCAUCACUUGUACAGAAACACAUCAAGACAUUCUCUAGCGACGCCAAUGGAGCGGACACUGUUGCCACUCCACCCAGCGCGCCUCCUCCUUCUCAACAUGCACCAAAUGGCAAUAGCAAGGGCACGGUGACAACACCACCUCGUCGCAACGAACCAUCGUCCCCUCCAACGCCACACCACCAACCACCAGUCGCGACAACCGACCAACAACAGACACCUCAAAAGGUUGGCCUCAACCAUGAGAAGGUAUGGAUCGCUGGCAAUGGCAAACAGAGCAAGAUCAACGCGCACAUGUCUCUGGCACUGCCGUCUUCAGUGUCGCCUCGCCUGCUGCCGCUGGCCAAGGGCAUCAUGAUGAUGAAGCGAAACAAUGAGAUCAAGAACAACAAGCAGAAGCGCAGUCUGCCCAACAUCAUAGAGAGCAACAAUGAGAUGCUCAAACUAUUCAAUGCCGUCCAGUCGAUCCUCAUUGCGCUGCCUGGCAUCUCACCCACCGUGGUCAUGGGCAUCAUGGACACGCUUUACGGACAGCAUCUCAAGCUAGACUUUUCCACCUUUGUCGAUGGCCCCUACUUUGAUGGCCUGGUCAAUGCGAUCCAGACACUCGGCGCGUGGACCGAGCAGCAAGAGUACGUACGCAACGUCAUCAAGGUGCAGAGCUGCGUGCGUCGAUUCCUCGCCAAGAAGCGCUACGAGCGACUCAAGGUCUACAGCAGCUCGGUGCAGCUCAAGGAGCGCAACAUUGCCUUCCGCCAUCUCUACUUUGAGGAGCGACGCUACAUUGACAACUUGGAGAUCAUACUCAGCUGUUACUACAAGCCACUCAAGUCAUCAAGCUUGCUCAGCGACGACAACUUUAAAGACAUCUUCUCGUCGAUCGAGGAGAUUCAUGCCGUGCACAAGAAGAUGCUGGCACAGUUUGAGCAGCUGCACAACAAGUGGCCGUGCAUCGAGGGCGUGGGCGACAUCUUCCUGCGCAUGGCGCCAGAGCUGCGCGUCUAUGGCAACUAUGUCAAGAACUUUAAGAACGCCAUCGACACUUUGGAGCGCUGCAAGAACAACAAUCACAAGUUUGCAGCAUUCCUCACGGAUUGCGUAGAGUCCAAUCUCAACAAUAGUACAAACAAAGUGUUUGAUCUGAUGGCUCUGAUUGCCACGCCCCUCAAUCACCUGUCAGUGUACCAGAGACAACUGUGCGUCAUCUCUACCAACACGCCAAUCAACAGGCCAGACCUCCCCAGCAUCAACAAUGCAAUGACAAUGAUGAAAGAGAUUGAACAAUUGAUCCAGGACAACCUGGCACAGGCUCAAAACGCUGCCACCCUCAUCAACAUUUACAGGAUGAUGCAUAACAAGAAGGCCUUGGAUCCAUUUGUUAUUCCAGGUAGGACAUAUUUGCACGAAGGUAGGCUGACCAAGUUUGUGACCAAGAAGCCAGACAGAGUGUACCAUUACUAUCUGUGCAACGACAUCAUCGUCUUUUGUAAAAAGACACCAAAGGAGAAGGAGUUAAAGUUCAAGAGUCUAUUACAUCUCUCUGAAGUAACUGUAUCUGAUCAAACAGAUAACGCCAAUCAUAAGAACAUUAUAUCUAUAUUACAAAAGGGUGGAGUCACUUACUUCUUCCAGGUGGACGAUGCAGAGGAGAAGAAGAGACUACUGAAGCAGUUUGCACUACUAUGUACAACAACAGAGAGAUUAUUUGGAGUAUCACUCCAUGACUUGGUCCAAAGAGAAGGUCCCAAUGUGUUGGUACCAGCAUUCAUCAUCAAGUCCUUCAACAUAUUACUCAAUCAUACGGACGUUGAAGGACUAUUUAGGAUAUCACCAAAUCAAUAUGAGGUUGAUCACUUUAAAGAAAGCCUCAAUCAAUGUACAUUUAGUGGAUUGGAUGCAUUGUUGGCCAAACAAGGACCUCAUCAUAUUGCCGCGGUAAUCAAGAACUUCUUUAGGGAUACGACACCGCCAUUGCUCACAUAUGAACUGUUCAACAAGAUUGUGGAGCUAGCCGAUAGCGAUGACGAGUCGAGCAAGAAGGUGCAAACUCUGCGGUCUAUGCUGUCCACGAUCCCGCCCUGCCAUCAAGCCACCCUACAGAUGCUUCUGCUCUUCCUACGCUUCAUCGGUCAGAACAGCGAUGUCAACAAGAUGACCUACUCCAACUUGGCCAUCGUGUUUGGUCCAAACCUUGUCAAACCUGUACAGCAAACGAUCGAGACCUCUCUCAAGAUACCUUUGAUCAACAAUGUAAUCACCAUGAUGCUAAACAACUAUCAACUCAUAUACAAAGAACGUCUAAACUCUAUCAAGGUAGUUGACUCCAAGUUUAAGAUAGAAGGAUACAUUACCACCAAAUAA